CAGGCGCGCGGCCGAGGCAGCGCGGAGCGCCGAGCGCAUCGAUCGGCCUGCUCUCUGUGGCCGCCCGCCCGCCCGCCCGCCCGCCGGGCCCAUCGCGCGCUCGGGGCUCGACUCGGCAGGCGGCGGCCGCGGCGGCUGAGGAGGCAGCGCUGUGGCGGCGGCUGAGGCGGCUGAGGAAGGCGGCGGCGGCGGCGGCUCGGCCCGGAGUCCCCGCUCCCGCGCCAUUUCGGACCCGGAGCGAGCGUGGCGCGGGCCUGAAGGCGGCGGCGGCGGGAGCCUGAGGCGCGGCGGCUCCGCGGCGCGGAGAGAGGCCUGCUGAAAAUGACUGAGUAUAAACUUGUGGUAGUUGGAGCUGGUGGCGUAGGCAAGAGUGCCUUGACGAUACAGCUAAUUCAGAAUCACUUUGUGGAUGAAUAUGAUCCUACGAUAGAGGAUUCCUACAGGAAACAAGUAGUAAUUGAUGGAGAAACCUGUCUCUUGGAUAUUCUCGACACAGCAGGUCAAGAGGAGUACAGUGCAAUGAGGGACCAGUACAUGAGGACUGGGGAGGGCUUUCUUUGUGUAUUUGCCAUAAAUAAUACUAAAUCAUUUGAAGAUAUUCACCAUUAUAGAGAACAAAUUAAAAGAGUAAAAGACUCUGAAGAUGUGCCUAUGGUCCUAGUGGGGAAUAAAUGUGAUUUGCCUUCUAGAACAGUAGACACAAAACAGGCUCAGGACUUAGCAAGAAGUUAUGGGAUUCCAUUUAUUGAAACCUCAGCAAAGACAAGACAGGGUGUUGAUGAUGCCUUCUAUACAUUAGUCCGAGAAAUUCGAAAACAUAAAGAAAAGAUGAGCAAAGAUGGUAAAAAGAAGAAAAAGAAGUCAAAGACAAAGUGUAUAAUUAUGUAAAUACAAUUUGUACUUUUUUCUUAAGGCAUACUUAAGUAAAAGUGGUAAUUUUUGUAUAUUACACUAAAUUAUUAGCAUUUGUUUUAGCUUUACCUAAUUUUUUUUUUUCUGUUCGUGCAAACUGUUAGCUUUUACCUUAAAUGCUUAUUUUAAAAUGACAGUGGAAACCUCUUCUCUAAGUGCCAGUAUUCCCUGGGUUUUGGACUUAAACUAGCAAUGCCUGUGGAAGAGACUGAAGACCUGAGACUAUGUCUUGGGGUUUUGGUGCAUGCAGUUGAUUCCUUGCUAAUUCUCUUACCAGCUGUGAGCGUUGGUGUGAACCGGAGUAAUGAAGCUUUUGAACCAUCCCUGCUCUGUGUUUCAUCUAGUCACUGAAUGAAUUAAUUAGUAAUUACAGCUUCAUCUGAAACCUUAUGAUUGGUUCUACAAAGACUGGGGGAUCACAGAUUUAUGGGCUUCCCUUUGAUUCACUUCUAGCAUGUCCAAGAGUUUAUCAUCCUUCAUAGUGUAGUUAGACUGUUCACAAAGGCUUUCUCUUGCUUUCCACUGGUAUUAGUCAUGGUUACUCUCCCAAAUAGUAUAUUUUUUCUAGAAAAGGGGAAAAAUGGAAAAAAAAAAAAAA